UACGUUUUUUCUCUCAAUCAAUCAAGCUUCAGUGAUUAAUCAGAAACUCUAGCACGUAGUCACCGCCAUCGCCACCAAAUUGAAUGUACGGAGUCGACAACUGCGCUUGCUCUAGUCGAAGUCGCUCCUCGAUAAACCCCUUCAACAACUGGCAAUGGAAGAGGGAUUGGGGGAGGUGGUUGAGGGAGCGCCGGAUUUUGAGGGCAGCAGUGGAGGCGGUGGUUGAGGGAACACCGGAUUUUGAGGGCGACAGUGGAUAUGGGACCCACGACUCCUCCACCACCGGCAUCAUUGAGUCCCGACGACGGGGAGAAUCACCUCUGUUCUGUUGAAUCCAGAAAGCAUCGAUGGCCUCGCUACAGGAUGCUCCGUUGGAUUGGCAGUGCGGUGGCGUCAGAGCGGUGGAUUGUCGGCUGAGAGGAUGUUGCGGCAAGGAGAUUUGCGACGAUGGAGGAGGAUACCAGAGCGAUUUGGGAUUUUUUUCCCCCAAAAAUUACGCUGGCCACGCAGAGGGAUUUGGGAUUUUUUGUUUUCCUUUUUUCAUUAAUUUAAUAAUAAAAGAAAAGCCUAUUUCCACCUAGUAUGAUUUUGGAGAAAAAAAUGCUCAUGUGGCUGGCCACGUAAGUCACGCCGUUUGCCCAGUCACACUUAACGUUAACAGCGUUAAAGAAUUGGAUGGAAGUGGCUAUAAGUGGUAUUUUGCCAAAUUUGGCUAUUAUUGACAUAAACACGAAAAUUUUGGCUAUACAAAUGUAUUUUGCCUAAAAUAAAAAUAGCCCAAAGAAGCUCCCAAGUCCCAACUAUGCAAGCAUGUCGGCAAGGGCUUUGAAAAGGAGAGCUCAAGGUAUUGGAGUUGGGGAAACUCGUGAACUAGGAGACCACCACGAUAGGGCUGAACAAAUUUGAAUAGUAUAGGUUUGUUGUUCACCUCUUUUUUAUUAUUUUUUUCGCUGACGUUAUGAAGAGAAAUAAUGAUCGUUUUAUCGAUAUUUUUUAGUGAACAUAGAAAAAGGAGAGAAUCAAGAAGAGGAGGGAUCCGACUCCUGUGCAAAACUAACUAGUGUUGUGCUAGUUUCAUAUGGAAUUGAGAUUGUUAAGGUUUUAUGCGGACAAAUUCGAGCAUAAUCAUUCACCUUAUUUAGAUAGCAACGCCAUCACAUCUGCAUCGCAAGAUGGUUGCAGAGGUCUGAUGCCUUAUGUCACGAGACCAUGCAUGGCUAGUCAAUUUGGAGCACAUACAUGUAUGGGUUAAUAUUGUGAACCUCGGUCAUUUUAAAGCACCACAUAACACAUCUCUCACUAUCUGAGUAAGUGGUCUCAAAGCACCUCAACCUUCCCAUUCUUACGCAAUUAUGAUAAUCAGAGUGGUGAGAAAGUUAAUCAUAAAAAGUUUGUUGUAUAUUUUAGUUUGACUAUGAACCAUGUGAAUGAUGCUGAAAGGGGAACAUUCUUGGUCUGGUACUCUCGAGGUAACUAAUCACUAUUUAGGCUUGCUAUUGUUAGUGGGGCGAUCUAUCAAAAUUGGAUACCUUUCGCUUCGUAGUGGAGAAGGUGUUGAGUCAACUUCAUAGAAGGAAGCAAUGAUACCUCUCUUAUACAACAAAGGGAACUCUCGAAAGCCAUGACUAAUACUCUACCAAUUGAUGUUAUGUCGUGUUUUGUCCUAUCGAUUUCGAUAGGUCCAACUCUCGAAUGACAUUUAGCUUGAUUUUGUUGGAGUUUGAAGCAUGCAGAGUCGCUUGAACAUCUUUAUGUCUUACUACAUUUGAAUUUUACGAUAAAAUUUUGUCUCAAUAGAGUCAUCCAAGAACGGUUCGAGCUCAAACCCGAACCGACGAACCCAUCUAUCAAUUUAACUUUAUAGAAUCGACUUUAGUGAGAAUAUUACCUCCCAACUAAUCUUUAACACCUUAAAUGAUUGUUCAUCAUUUCUACUUCAAGUUCUUAUUGUCAACUUUACGGUAUAUAAAUAGAGAGCGAUAACACUGAUUCAUCAUUCCUUAUGCAAUAUCUCUCUACGAUCUAGUGUUGUUAACUUGUUAUCUUGAACUUACAAGUCUAUUGUUUCGUUUUGAUGUGGAUAUUUGAUUUUUGCAAUGUAUCGUUACUGUUAUGGUAUGCUCGCUAGGUUCCUUGGAUGUGAUCGAGUGAGUAAUGUCAAACCUAAAAUGACCAAUGAAUGGUUUUUACCAGCACAUCAAGUAGCUUGCUUCGUGCAUAAUGAACAUUUUGAAGUAGUGUUAGUUACACCUUUCCGCCAACGCUCCACCACACAUUCAAGCAAACUAAACAGUCAUCUUAUAACACUAUGAGCGGUUAUCUUGCAUUGGCUACCACAAGUAGGCUGUUAGGGGUGGGCAACGGGACGGGACUGGGUACCCGUCCCGUUUAAAACGGGUACCCAUUCCCAUUUGGAGAGAAAACCCCAUCCCAUAUCCCAAACCCGUACGGGUUAACGGGUACCCAUUACCCGUACGGGACGGAUAACGGGUACCCGCGGGUACCCGUAGAAGGAGCCGUGUCAUUUGCCAACAUUGAGUUGAGGUUUACAGACACAUGGGAUGGUGUCGUAAAGCGGGGGAAAGUUGAGGUACUUCGUGAACGAUGAUCUCUUCUCUCGGUUCUACACUUCGACUAUUUCAACAUGUCUGGCCUCUCCAUUCUCACCACCGAGUUUAGCGUCAAAGACUUUGAUGUCAUCGAGGAAAGAUUCGUCCAAGUUUACUACGGAUCGCUCUAGAAUCUGAUUUAGUUAGAUACUUCUUUUCCCGGAAACAAAAACCUGAACCGUAACCUACUGGUGCAAGCAAUGAUGUGUGUGGAAUUGUGGAUAUUGUUAAUUGUUGUCAACCAAUUACGUACCUAACCUUAAAUUAUUGUUUGGAGCUACAGGUUUUUUCUUAAUUGGUUUGUUUCUGUACUAAGAGAACAAUUAUUGGUUUGCUUCCUUUUCUGUUUAAUUUCUAUGUUGCAUUGUGGCUCUCCAUAUCUUGUGUUUCUUGUGUUAAUUUAUUUAGUAGUUUAUCAAUUAUAAGGGGAGCGGGUAGUACGGGUACCCGUAAUACCCAAACGGGUAUUAACGGGUAACCCGCGGGUACCCAUUGUUGAACAUGUUGAUCCCAUGUCCCAUCCCGUAAAAAAUAUUACGGGUAUUUGGGUACCCGUAACUCUCAAAAAACGGGACGGGUAUGGGUAUAACCAAAUAUCCGUUUCCCAUUGCGCAUCCCUAUAGGCUGUCUUUCUAAAUGGCGCUACAAAAUCUUUUUGCAUUUGGUCUGGACAUGACCAUCUACAAAAUACUAUAAGGCAAUGUAUAAAAACAGGGUUUGCCACAUCAGCCUCUUCUGAAAUGGCCGCACAGUACGGAGGGCCUUUAUUGUCAAUUCCCAAUUUCGUUUAUGCCGCCGGCUGCCUCGGAGAAGUGGGUGUAAAGUGUAAACCCAAACUACAUCGCUAUGUCUCUCUCUCUCAAUUUCUCUGCCCAUCUUCUCUCUCUUGGCUUUUGUGGAGUCCGACCCUGAAGAUUUCUCCCUCCCCUUCCUCACUCAUCUCUUAUCAUCGCAAAUGCAAUGGGCACCCAAUAUUCAGUGGCUGAAUAUUUGGCCACCUUAGAUGUGAUUCCACAGCGCACCAUGCCGUUAUUUUCUCGAUAUACCUCUUUUUCUUCAUAUUGAUUAUCACGGGAUCUAAAGAGACGAGAUUGUAAGAUCCAAUUUCUCGAUUGAUUUUGGAGGAACCAACUUCUUAAUCCAUAAAGAGUUAGAGUUAUCUUCUUAUUCUUCCCCUUCCCCUGCAUCAGGUUGCGUCGCUGCCCUGGCUUCCACAUAUCAAAGAUGAUGACUGCCAAAUGGGCUAAAGCCCAUUGUUUUCUUUUGCCAUGUUAUUACGUUUCGUUUCACUUCUGCUCUCAACUAGAAUCAACAUGAGGUCAUGAGGCCCACAGCCCACUCGCCCCUUUCUCCCAUCCCGUCCCUUCCGUCUUAUCCGCUUGACUGUAUUCAUACUCGAGUCAAUUAGCUCCCAGAUUUAAAUUUUUUUGUUACAGUGUAAAUAGGAAUCUCAUUUUUAUUUUGUGCCUCCAAUAGCCUUCGAUAUUUAUUUCACAAUUGAAAUAGCUGGAUUGUUAUUUAAAAUUUUGGGUGAUUAUUAUUGUCAAGCAAUUUGAUUGAGUAUGAGUUAAAUGAUAUAUGAAAGAGAAGUUGAGUAUGGACUAAGUUAAAAACAUAUUGUUCUAAUCACUGGGUUAUAAUUGUUCCUUUGAGUUUGAUGAACAUGAUAUUUUUAUACUUUCAAUUUUAUUCAAUUAAGUUUUUGUUUUAUGGUCUCUAGGUAUUAUGCAUCCGAAGAAGUAGGAUUGUUUACCUAAUUUGAGCCUUAUAUAAGUUGAUCUUAUUGUGGAAAAGAUCUUAUGUAAAAAGAUUUGACCAACCAACUGACUUGGUUAGUGAUAUUUAAUAUGUGUCUAGGUUGGAUUUAUUGGCUACCUCGAUUAUAAUCCAAUUAAUUAGAAUGAAUUAGCGAGAUAAAAGAAAUAUGGUCUAAUUUCGAAAUCCAACAAUUUUAGUUGUAGAUAAGUUAAUCAAAUAGACCUCAUUGCUUAUGACAACUGAUAGUUGUUAUUUUAUUCAGGGCUCAUACUUGACAAUUAUCAUAACCGUAGGAACUUACAUGGUAGUCACUAUUAGGAGACUCAAGUAUUUAUAAUAAAAAGAGUCGUCUGGAUUGGAUGCCUAAGCCUUCAAGGAACUAAUCGUAUAAUUGAACUCCUUCGAGUCCAUCAAUUCAAUUGUUGAUUUAGCCUUUAACGCCCCCUCAUUUACCUGCAUACGAGAAUUAGGAUUGGCUGCAAUGUCUUGGAUUAAUACAAUUCUCCGCCAAUGUUCACAGGUAAAUUGUUUUAUGCCUAACGGGCUCAAUCUCCAAAAAUGUUUAACAAAAUCUUUUGGAUGCAACCCAAAUUUCACUCGGGCAUUGCCAAAAAGAAACUAUAAAAAGUGUUCUCCCCAAAUUUUGCCAAAAUAAGAAGCAAAACACACCAUCACAUACAACCCUUUCCUAUUCCGGAGAGUUCCAUGAAAAGAAAACAGGCUGCCAAAAUGAGUACAAAUUUUCAAAUGCCAAGAUAAAACUUCCCCGGCCAAUAGGUCGGGCCCUAUGCUAGUGACAAAUAAGCCAAAGGAGUAAAUGAGUCGAAGCAAAAAUAAUUUGAAAUAAGAGUU